GUGUAGUCGCCAAGUAAUCUAAAAAUAUGCCUCUCUCUAAAGAAUUUCUCAUCAACAUCGUACUUUCUAGUAAGUUUCCUCACUCUCAUCAUAAUGGCUGAAUCACAGGUGGUAAAUUCUAGCGACGAGCUUUUGAAAAAAGUAGCUGACUAUGAAAAACUACUACAGCAAAAGAACCAAGAAAUCGAAAACUACAAAAAACGGAUAGCAGCUAUGGAAACCGAAGUAGCUCAAGCCCAGAACAUGAAAGUGCAGCGAGCCAAAGAAAACGAGGAAGUAAACGCACUCAAAGUGGAAUCCGAACAAACUCUUACCAAAGCAAAAAGCAUCAUCUUUGAACGUACGAAGGUCAUAAAAAACCAGGAACUCCAAAUAGAGGCCUACAGUCAGCAGAUCGAGUCCCUCAAAGAUGUGGUCCGCAUAACGAAAGAUUUAUUAGAGAUCCGGAACUUGGAAGUGAAACAGCUUGAGAACAAAAUUAAUUGCAUGGAAGAGAGAAUCGGGGCAGAGAGAGAACGUCAGGACCUAAUGCAUAAGAAGCUGGAGACAAUGAUCAGACACAAUGGGGAGUUGAAAAGAGAGUACGAGGCUCAGUUGUGUCUGUUCACAGCUCUACGGGAGAGGUAUAGUGAGAGAGAGCUGGCAAGAGACGUUGUGGAGAAUAUGAAGGCUAACAAGGCUCCUGAGGUGACAGCACCUAUUGUUAAUGGAGUUGAAGAAAGCACAAGUAAUUUAGAAAAUAACGACAAGUCUGAGCCCAUAAUAGAAUGUGAGAAACAAAACAGCUCAGAAUUGGAACAGCCGUCUGGAACAGAAAAUGAGGCAACAGAAACCCCAAACUCCAUGGAGACUGUCUCUAACACUGUUGCAAGCGACACCAGCCCAGAAAAUGUUGAAAAACAGUAGAGUAGAUGUGGUUGUGAAUAAUCUAUCAAAGUUUCAUUUUAUGACGGGAUAUUCACAUUAAAUAAAUUUCUGUUUACUUUGA